AUGCCUCCCAAGUCCCAGGUGGGUUACGUGGAUGAAAAUCGCAAAGCAUAUUAUGCACAUGACCUAGCGGCUAGAGUCCGCAUCAAGAUGACGCUCAUUGACAGUGUGAACAAGUAUCCUUCUAUCGCCCGCAAGUGCGGAGCAUGGUUUUCUGCCAUAUACUCUGGCGGCUGCAGAGGCAGUGGGGUACCCAAGUAUUGUCGCGGGACCAAGGAGCGAUGA